AUGAAGCAUACUUACCUUGCUAUUUCUGAUCAUUUUCCUUCCCCUCCAUGGAAUUCUCUUGUUUGGUUUAAAAAACAUAUUCCCAGACAUUCAUUCAUUUCUUGGCUUGCUUUUCAUAGAAGAUUAAAAACUAGAAGUAAAUUGUUAUCUUGGGGUACUAUAUCAGAUGCUUCUUGUGUCUUAUGUGGAGAUGAAAUGGAGACUGAAGACCAUAUUUUUCAUGACUGUAUCUUUUCUUCUGGUAUUUGGAAUGGGCUUUUACUAAAAUUAGGUUCCAUUAGAGCUCUUGCUAAUUCUUGGGAGGAGGAAAUCAGGUGGUGUACUCAGCACUUAACAGGCGAUGAUUGUGUUGCUGUAAUUAAAAGGCUAGUGUUUAAUGCUUUUAUCUAUCACAUCUCGAGAGAAAGAAAUAAUAGAAUUUUUAGAUCUUCUUUUAACUAUCAAGAUCAAGUCAGUUUGCUCAUUGUUCAAGAUGUGAGAUUUAAAUUGUCAGACUCUAAAUGCAAGGAAGAGGAUAACUUAAAUGUUAUGUGGUUUAUGAGCAGAUGGAGAGUGAACUGUAUUUUUGUUCAACCAGAAACUAUUGAUUGUACUUGGCUAGCUCCUGACCCUGAUGAAGUCAUGAUUAAUACUGAUGGUUCAAAGUAUGAUGAUGCUGGGAGUUUUGGUGUUAUUCUUAGAGACCAUACUGCUGAGGUGGUUAGUGCUGCUAGUGGAGGCAGUCCUCCUAUCUCUGUUUUGGUUCAUGAAUUACAAGGUGUUGAGCUGGGGUUAAAGAUGGCUUUAAGUUUUGAAAAACUGAAAGUGCACAUUGCUUCUGAUUCCAUGGCAGUUUAUAAUCUGCUUACAAACCCUGAACCUGAACCACCAUGGAAUGUUUUACAAAUAUGGAGAAGAAUAAAGCAUUUGAGGAAGAAGUUUAGUUCUUGGAAGGUAACUCACUAUUACAGGGAAACAAAUAAAUUUGUUGAUCAUCUUGCAGGGUUAUAUCUUGGUGAUACUUGGGUGGAGAUUCGUCCAGAAGAUUUCUCUCCUGACUUUAGAGAAAUUUUGGCUGCUGACAAGGCUCAGAAAAUUUACCAUAGGCGUAGCAGAAGAUUUUUUUUUGUUUUCCUUUCUGUUUUUUGUUGUUGGUUUGGGUCUCCUUAA